UAUUUACACGCCCCUUGACACAAAGCCAGAAAUGACAAUCUGAUAAGAUAAAGAGGUUAUGAAUUCUCUAUUAUUUUCAUACAAAUUUUGAAUUUUAAUUGAUUUGUUUGUCGUGGAUUGCUUGAAUCGAAUGCUGUGAUAUAGAAAUACAUUUAUUUGGUUCUCUCUCCCAAUGUCAUCCUAUCCAGAUGAUGAAGAAGGUGUGGGUUUCGAUGGCAAUCCCAGCUCCUUCCCAAAAGAUUUUGGCUAUGGAUUUGAUGGGGACAAUGAUGUCAGUCUUUCAACAGGGGAGCAUAAGCCUAGAAUAUUAUUGAUGGGUUUGAGAAGAUCUGGAAAGUCUUCGAUACAAAAAGUAGUGUUUCAUAAAAUGUCACCAAAUGAAACUUUGUUCUUAGAAAGCACAAAUAAAAUAGUGAAGGAAGACAUCAAUAACUCAAGUUUUGUCCAAUUCCAAAUCUGGGAUUUUCCAGGUCAAAUAGAUUUUAUUGAUUCUACCUUUGAUUCAGAUACUAUAUUUGGUGGAUGUGGAGCAUUAGUUUUUGUUAUUGAUGCACAAGAAUCCUUUGUUAAUACUUUCAAGGAUGAUUAUGGGGAAGCAUUAAAUAAAUUGAAUGUAACAGUAACAAAGGCAUAUAAGGUGAAUCCUAAUAUCAAAUUUGAAGUUUUCAUUCACAAAGUGGAUGGUCUUGGGGAUGAUUUCAAAAUGGAAUCUCAAAGGGAUAUUCAUCAGAGGGCUACUGAUGAUUUGACUGAUGCUGGAUUGGAUCACAUUCAUCUCAGUUUCCAUCUAACAUCUAUAUAUGAUCACUCAAUAUUUGAGGCUUUCUCCAAAGUAGUUCAAAAAUUAAUUCCUCAGUUACCAAUUUUAGAAAAUCUUCUGAAUAUAUUGAAUACGAAUUCCGCUAUAGAGAAGUCAUUCUUGUUUGAUGUAGUUUCAAAAAUAUACAUAGCAACUGAUUCAACACCAGUUGAUAUGCAAAGUUACGAAUUGUGCUGUGAUAUGAUCGAUGUAGUUAUUGAUGUUUCCUGGAUAUAUGGAAUUAAAGAAGAACAACCAGAUGCCAAUGCAUUUGAUGAACAGAGCUCUAGUCUUAUUAAGCUGAACAAUGGAACAAUUCUAUAUCUUAGAGAGGUUAACAGAUUUUUGGCACUUGUAUGUAUUUUGAGGGAAGAUAAUUUCGAUCAUAAAGGGAUUAUUGACUCUAACUUCCUGAGUCUUAGAGAAGCCAUCCAACAAGUAUUUGAACUUAGGAGCAAAGCACAAUCCUCUCUACUUACAUCACCAGACAGUCCUAUAAUUACUAAUGGAGGUGGUGCAGUUUCACCUGAAUCUCCUUUGAGUCCUUCAUCUGUUAACACUUCUUAGAAUGAUUCCUUAUAUUUAUUUUUAAGAAGUUGAUUUAGUACAAGCUUUUCAAAAUUCUAAAGAUAUCGAUAUUUUUUAUUUUUAAUUAUCAUGUUUUCCUAUUCAAAGUCUCAAAUUGAGACACUCUUUCAUUCAUUUUGAUAAUGAAAAUAAAUUAUAACAAAAGUUAAUCCCUUUAUCAAAAAUAUUUCAUUUGGUAUUCACCUUCUAUGCAAUUUGUUAUACAUUUCAGAUUUAAUAAGAAUAUAAUAUUUAUUUUAUGACAAAGCAUUGAGAUCACAAUUUUAUGAACCAAGUUAAGAGAAUCUGAACUGAACUAAAUCAGCAGCACUGAAAAGUUAAGGUUACCAAUGUGGGAUAUAUUUUUUCAAUGCUAAUCUGAAAGAUAAUCUUUCCUUAUAUUUGUAAUUGUCGGCUAUAUGUGUAUUUUUGAGAUAAAUAUAAAUUUAUUUUCCAGAAAAUUAUAAAAUUGAUAUUCGUUCAUUAUUCAUUUUUAUUGACUAUUCCUUUUGGUUUUAUUACUUUUACCAAUUGGCAUUAGAUAUUGAGUUAUGAGAUGAACAACUACUAUCUUCCAUUAAAAAUAUAUUGUGAAACGAAUAAUUACCAAAUGAAUGACUUGAAAUUCUGUUGAACAUAAUGAAAAUUAAAAAAUUGACUAAAUUUAUGUUACUCUAUGGUUAUUGUUGAAUAUUAUAGAUUAUAAUUUAACAUAUGUAUUUGAGAGAAAAAAGUUCUUAUAAUAAUGUUGUCAUUUCAUCAAGACUUCCAACAAAUUCAAAAUAUAUAAAUUAUCUACUCUUAU